AUGUUGUUGCAGUAUGUACGCUACACCGACGACCAGCAGAUUCCCGCGCUCUUUGGAUAUCCAGUCUUGAGUGAAGUGGCCACCGGAAAGCUAGAGCACCUGGACGUGAGUGAAGCUUUGAAGAUCGAGGGUGUGGUGGACGUGGCCGUGUGGGCGCGGCGUAGCUUCGCGGCGUUCGGAAGACGCGUGUGGGCGCGAAGCGGGAGCGGGGGCAGGUACCAGGUUGAGAUUGGCGAGACGCUCGGUGAUUGGCGAGUUCUGACAGGUCAACAGCUGGCGCUGGUGGUGGCGGAUUCCUAUCGCACGGCCAAGCGAGGCGCUGGCGCGGUGCAGGUGAAGAUCGCCAACGCCAACGAAGACGCGAUCAUUACUCUCGACCAAGCGAUCGCUGCGGAGUCCUACCUGGACAGCGCGCACUUCCGCAAUACCGUGGACAAGGGCGAUUUGGAGGAAGGCUUCAAGGCCAGUGACCUCGUCUUUGAGGGGACUACCUACGUCAUCGGACAGCAUGCCUUCCCUUUGGAGAAGCAAACUGCGCUGGCCGUGCCCGAAGAGAAGAAGGGCAUGACGGUCUGGCACUCCACGCAGGGCCACGACUUCACACGAGCCAAGCUCGCGGGAGUCCUGGGUGUCCCUGGCUCCUCCGUGGUGUGCAAGCAAAGCCGCGCGGGCGGCGCCUUUGGUCCCAAGAACAGCCGCCAGGUGCCGACGGCCGCCAUGGCAGCGGUGGCCGCGCACAAGCUAGACAAGGCAGUGCGUGUGGCUUAUGAAGCUACCCUGGAGCAGUUAGCGGUCGGCGGCCGACACAGCUUCAAGACGCAGUACAAGGUUGGUGUGAACAAGGACGGCAAGAUCCAAGCGUGCAACGUGGAAUCCUGGUGCAACGGCGGAUGCACCCACGACUUCACAGGAUUCUUGAACUUGGAGAUGGGGGAGGCGAUCCCUUCCGUGUACUGGUGGCCCAACAUGAAGAUCAAUGUGCACGCGAUGAAGACCAACCUCCCCAGCAACACCGCGGUGCGCUCCUUUGGAAGUCCUCAAGGCGACGACGACCGGGACGAAACGCCGGAACGCAGGGAGAGAGGCAACUUCGUGUGCGAGGCCAUCAUUGAGGACGUUGCUGGCAGGUUGGGAAAGCCUGUGGAGGAAAUUCGAGAGAUCAAUAUGUUUCUGGGCGAUUUGGAGACCGUGUUUUUCGUGGAUUUUCCGUGCACCCGAGAGAAUGCGGUGACGCCUUGGGGGCAGCCCAUGGAGUACUACAACGCAGACAUGCUUUGGAAGAAGCUGAAGCAGGAUGCUUCCUUUGUGGAGCGCGAGAAGCAGUGCGAGGCCUUCAAUGCCCAGCACCGUUGGCGCAAGCGCGGCAUCAGCGCAGUGCCCUUGGCCUACGGCCACUGCUAUGCCUAUGCCGCCGGCACCGGAGCGUUGGUGAACAUUCAUGGCGACGACGGCUCAGUGACGGUGCAUCACGGCGGCUGCGAGAUCGGACAAGGCAUCCACACGAAGGUGGCGCAGGUCGUGGCCGUCUCCUUGGGCUGCCCAUUGGACCUGAUCCGCGUGGCCGACACCAACACCGAGGUCGUGCCCAAUGCGCGCUUCACCGGCGGUUCCAUCACCACGGAGGUGGUGUGCGAAGCAGCGCGCCAGGCCUGUAAACAACUUCUGGAAACCUUGCGCCCUCACCGAGAGUUCUUGGUGAAGCGCGACAGCAAGGAGCCCAGUUGGCCAGAGCUGGUCGCCGCAGCCAACGCGGUUCUGGGGCAUCAGGAGAAGUUAUCAGCCACAGGCAUCUUCUCGCCAGCUGGGAACAAGUACACGACGGAUGUGGAGGGCAACGCGCUGGGAACCUACCACGGUGACUACUUCACCUACGGUGCUGGCAUUUCAGAGGUUGAGUUGGAUGUGCUCACAGGAGAGAUCAGGCCCUUGCGCUCGGACAUCCUCUACGACGUGGGGCAAUCGAUCAAUCCGGGUAUUGAGAUUGGACAGCUGGAGGGAGCCUUCGUGUAUGGCAUUGGCUAUUAUUUGUAUGAGGAGCCCUUGAGGGACGCGCGCGGUGUGGAGCGCUCCCAAGGGGUGUGGGCUUACAAGCCGCCGAUGGCACCAGAGGUGCCGAUUGAGUUCAAAGUGGAGUUGCUGCGAGACAACCCCUUCCCCAAGGGCGUCUUGGGGUCCAAGGCCAUCGGAGAACCACCUUUCAUGUUAGCAUACAGUGUCCUGGGCGCAGCGAAGAAGGCCAUUGCGUCGGUGCGGAAGGAGAAUGGUCUGCCAGAGCAUUUCCAGAUGCCCAUGCCCUGCACGGUGGAUGCCAUCCAGAAGGCCUGUCUCUUAGGGUCGGCUCCGGUCGCGUCGGGUUGGGUGGAGGCGAAAGCGAGGAGCGGAGCGGUUGAUGAUGCGAGGUGGAGGGCCUUGGGUUUGGAGUUGAGGUUGGGGGGGAGUGUUUUUGGUUGGAAGGCGAGAGAGAAGUUGUAA